AUGAGACAUGCAUGGAUUGGACUCGUGUUCCUGCUGGCGGGUUUAAUCCUGCUGCACCUCUUUGUCGCACCGUAUACCAAGGUCGAGGAGUCGUUCCAUGUCCAAGCUACACAUGACAUCCUCACACACGGAUUCCCGUUCGGCGACGACAUUGACCGCAGUAAUUAUGACCAUUUCGAGUUUCCCGGUGCCGUUCCUAGGACUGCGGUCGGAGCGACUAUUCUCGCCGGCUUGUCGCAGCCAGUAACCGCUGUAUGGGCGGGAGUCAACCGGCAAAUUCUGGCUCGCGCUAUCCUCGGCUUGUAUAAUGCCGCUGCUUUGGGUAUUUUCGCCCAAGGCUUGCGGAAUAGCUUUGGCCAGACUGUAGCUGUGUGGUACCUCCUGUUCCAGGGGAGUCAAUUCCACCUGAUCUACUAUGCCUCGAGACCACUAUCGAAUAUGUUUGCCUUUGGGCUGACUACCAUCGCCAUGCGAUAUCUCUUGCCGGACUGGUCGUCUAAACCAGGAGUUCGUGAUGGCUCCCUGAGGAUGAAGUUGGCCUUGUGCCUUCUUACGAUGGCAGGCGUAAUUUUCCGUGCCGAAUUGGCAAUUUUAGUCGCCUUUACAGCACUGUUUCUCCUUGCCACUCGCGGGAUGCGCAUCCUCUCGGAUAUUAUUGUGGCUGGCGCUGUGGGACUUUCAAAUGGGUUCAUUCUCACGGUCUGCAUUGACAGGAUGUUCUGGAAGGAACCUGUGUGGCCGGAAUUGAACGCAUUCCUGUUCAACGUUAUCGAGGGGCAAUCUUCAGCAUGGGGUACGGAGCCAUUUUACUUCUACUUUGUGAAUGCGCUGCCUAGACUCCUGUUGAACCCGCUAGUCUACCUAAUCGCCAUUCCUGUUGCGCUAGGCCAUCCUGCUCUCCGUCGGCCGAUCCUUCCGCUACUUGCGCCGUCGAUGUGCUUUGUGGCACUGUACAGCGUCCAGCCUCACAAGGAGUGGCGCUUCAUCAUCUACGUCGUUCCAGUUCUCACUGCUACGGCUGCUCUGGGAGCGGGAUAUCUGUGGAACCGCCGAGACAAAUCGGUCUUUGCACGUAUCGCAUCUCACCUGCUAAUACUAUCCACCGCUGCAUCCUUCCUUUUGUCCAACCUCGUGCUUCUGCCCGCGUCGGCGGCCAAUUACCCUGGUGCCAGCGCGUUAAACGCACUUCACAAGCAUCAUUUCCAGCAAUCAUUGACAAGUGGCGGAGCUUCGGUCUACCUUGGAAACCUUGCCUGCCAAACAGGAGUCACACGCUUCCUUCAGCAACCCUCAGAGCAGGGCUGGCGGUACGACAAGACGGAAGAUGAGGACAUGAAGUCCACCAGGGAAUUCUGGGACAAGUUCGACUACGUCGUCGUUGAAGCUUCUACAGAUGCAGAAGCCAAGGAUGCCGAUGAAACCCAGUUGCACCAUGCACUGCCCUUGUCAAACUGGGAGACAGCUACAGUCAUUGAUGGCUUUUCUGGUAUUUCUAUCUUGAGGCCAGGUACUCCUGCAACUGGUCUCGUCGAGCGACGGAUACUGUCAAAGGUGGCGGGCGAAUCUCUAUAUAAUGCGUACGCCGGGGUUAGAGAUUCCGCUAGGAAGCUUGUCCUGCGUGGGUGGUGGGUGGAACUGAAGAUGAGCCCGAGAGUCAAGGUCCUUAAGCGCAUACGAGACAACUAG